AUGUUAUCCCUCGUGCUUUUCUUAUGCGGCUGGGUGCUUGGUGCUGUCGAUCAGUUGACCGACCACAGCGGAGCCGAACUGUCAGUUCAUUUCCUAGCCAUUGGGGACUGGGGCUCCACUGUGGCCAAGGCGGGGGGCGACAGUUCCUGCUGCAGUCAGUAUCAUACCCCCAAAUCCGAAGCGAAUUACACUAGGGAUCUAUACGCCCAGGCAAAUAUUGGCAUGCUAAUGGGCCAGUCGGCCAAAUUGCAUACCCCCCAGGCUGUCCUAGCCCACGGCGACAGUUUUUACUGGAAUGGAGUGGGCCCAGAUGUCGUGAACACAUCGUAUCGAUUUGAAAACACAUUUGAAGCAGUAUACAACCACCCCGACCUGGUGAACGUGCCGUGGCUGAAUGUUAUGGGCAACCACGACUACGGGGGCAGUGGAUUCAUCUGUGGCGAGGAACCGUGCCCGUCCCCUCAAGCCAUUCGACGGGGGCUGCAACUCAAAUUCCAAGCCCAGCACACGUACAAAAGCCCUGCGUCGGAUCGAUGGCAUUUGGAUCACUGGUUCAAAUCAACGUUUCGCCAAGGAAAUGUUUCCGUGGAUGUGUUGAGCGUCGACACAAACGGCCACGCCAACGUCCAUGGCGCCACUCACAUUUGCUGCCAGUGUUACGGCUACCUUUCCCUACACCCUCAAAAAUCACCGAGUUUGUGCGCGAAUCCAGUACCUGGCGAAGCAUUGUGUGCUGGGGGGGACGUUGCUCUCUAUUUGGCGUGUAUGGAUGAGCUGGUUGGCUAUGCCAACGCGAGUUUGGCAUUUGUGGAGACAGAAGCCAAACAGGCGCGCCAAGUCGAUUGGAAGAUUGUGAAUUCGCAUUUUGCACCGCAUUACCACAUGGAUCCCCAGUGGCAAUCGCAAUGGCUUGAAGCCCUCCGCACCGCCCAUUUGCUCGUCCACGGACACACCCAUGGGGCGAACCAUGUGAAAAUGCGCGGCUGCGACGGAAGCCACCACCCAGUGCACUUUGUCGAGAACGGCGCUGGCGGAGGCAUUAUAGCCGAGGCGGGCCACGCCACCGCCCCUGCUGGCAUGGACUUGUACGCCAUUCAUGCUAAUGUGUUGGUGACGAAAUGUCAUUAUCUCGAGGUAGGUUGUGGGUAGCUCCCCAGACGCCGUACGGAUUUUUCGAGCUAGCCAUGUCCAAAACUUGGCUCCGCUUGCAAUUCGUGACCUUCGACAGCCAGUGGAACUUUGGGUCACCAAGCGAGGAGGGACAAGUCGUUGGAGGCCGUAGCGUGCUCUAUUGCACGUGGAUUCCCCAUCCAGGCCUUGGACCAGCACACCAUGAACUGCCUUGUUAACAGCAACACGAUGUUGGUUCCUUUUAUUUCGUGCGAGCUCCGUUGACAAAGCAUCAAGUUCCAGAAUUCCGUACUUUCUAGCAACAUACACCUCUGACACCCGUGGGCUCGACCAAGCCAAGCCUUCCCCUGCGUCAUUCAAUGCCACCUACCGGUAUAGCUCUAGACAGCCAUCCAACGGCCACCACCGCGCCAAGUGCCGUUUGGACAGUUGCGAAUGGCACGGUGCACCAGUGCAGACCAA